CAAUAAUUAGAGUUAAUCAUAGAUGGGAUUUUAUAACUUUUUAAUUUCUUUUCUUAACUUUUUUGCACUCCCGUCCUUGAGAUGCACAUUACAUAUAAGCUCAGAGUGAGUUAGAUCCAUUAUAGUCCUCAAGAUGAACCGAUCAGUGAUCGUUGUUGCCCUCGUACUCGCAUGCACAUUUAGCUGCAACGGGUUUGACGGAAGGUUAAUAGGGGAAGCAAUGGAAAGAUGCAAAGCUGCACUCGAAAGAGAGUAUGAGCAACAGAAACAGGAAUUUGAAAAUAAGAAACUACAGGAAACUGAAAAUGGAAAGAUCAAGGAUGGUAAAAUUGACAUGAAUAAUACUUUGGAACUAAAUGAAGAAAAAGUCAAUGAAAUAUCAAAAAGGUGUUCUAAUGUGCACGGUACAGAUAGCAAAUGCUCCCUUACUUCAGAACAGGUAAAAUGUAUUAUGAAGAAUGCAAAAGAGCUUCAACUUUAAAUGCCAGAGGAAAUAAACCAGAUCCACUUACCAUCUGUAUUCCAAAAGGUUACUUAAAGUGAAUUUUGUGAAAUACUGAUCGGUUCGAAGAAUUCUAAAUUGUCAAUUAUGAAUAGAACAAUGUUACUGAAAAAUAUAUAUUUUUUUCUUUGACGUAAUUUAGUA